GGCACUAAUACUUUAGAUUUUUUGUCUUCAUAGGGAAGAAACUGUGAUGCUUUGUCUACACAAUGAAGCCACUGGCUCUAGCAAUCUUCUUUGCAUUUUAUCUCUCUAUGCAAUCUGUUUACUCAAUUCAAAUCAUCUCUAAAUCGAAGCUUCAAAAAUGCGAGAAAGCCUCUAAUUCUAACCAACAACUCAAUUGCACCAAUAAGAUUGUCAUCGACUUAGCCGUUCCGAGCGAAUCCAGCGGAAACGAGGCUUCAAUGGUGGCGGAGAUAGUAGAAGUGGAAGAGGAUGCGACGAACAUGCGAACCCUUCGGUCUCCGCCAGUGAUUACUAUCCAAAAAUCAGCUGCCUAUGCUUUGUAUGAAUUGACAUACAUAAGAGAUGUUGCUUACAAACCAGAAGAGUUGUAUGUUAAGACAAGAAAGUGUAAGCGUAAUGCCGAUUCAAAUGUUGUCCGGAUAUGUGAAAGGCAAGUUCUGUUGAGAGACGAGAAUGGGAAUGUUAUUGACCACACUCAGGCAUCAAUGGUUGCCAAGAAAAUUGCAGCAAUUUUGCAGAAAACUGCCCAUAGUAUUACUGCAGUUUGGGACAUCAUGUGA